CGGCGCGAGGCCUGGCGCGGGGCGGGACCCCGGCCGGCGUCGUCAAGUAGCCCCGGGAACGGCCGGCGCUGUGGAGCCGGUGGGUGGCCGGAGGCCGGAUCGCUCUGCCGGUUCUUGUUGGACCUUGGCCAGUGCCCGCGCGGCCGCGCCUUCGCAGCGCUGUGCGCCUCGGCCCGCCAUGCUCCCGCGGGCCCCGGCCGCGCUGGGGCUGCUGCUGCUGCUGCUGCUGCUGCUGCUGCCGCCGCCGCCGCCCGGCGAGGCCACCAAGAAGCCGACGCCCUGCAAGCGCUGCCGGGAGCUGGUGGACAAGUUCAACCAGGGAAUGGUGGACACAGCAAAGAAGAACUUCGGCGGUGGAAACACAGCUUGGGAGGAAAAGACACUGUCCAAGUACGAGUUCAGCGAGGUCCGCCUCCUGGAGAUUGUGGAGGGCCUGUGUGGGAGCAGCGACUUCGAGUGCAACCAGCUGGUGGAGGAGCAUGAGGAGCAUCUGGAGGCCUGGUGGCUGCAGCUGAAGAAGAAGUAUCCUGACUUAUUUGAAUGGUUUUGUGUGAAAACACUGAAAGUUUGUUGUUCUCCAGGAACUUACGGGCCGGACUGCCUGGCGUGCCAAGGCGGGUCCGAGCGGCCCUGCAGCGGGAAUGGCCUCUGCAGUGGAGACGGCAGCAGACAGGGGGACGGGACCUGCCAGUGCCACCUGGGCUACCAGGGGCCACUGUGCACCGACUGCACAGCCGGGUACUUCAGCGCGCUGAGGAACGCCACCCACAGCGUCUGCACAGCCUGUGACGAGUCGUGCAAGACGUGCACGGGCCCCACCAGCAGAGACUGCAGCCAGUGCGAGGCGGGCUGGGCGCGGGAGGACGGCGCCUGCGUGGACGUGGACGAAUGCGCGGCGGAGACGCCCCCCUGCGGCGACACGCAGUACUGCGAGAACGUCAGCGGCUCGUUCGUGUGCGAAGAGUGUGACCCCACCUGCGUGGGCUGCACGGGGAAGGGCCCCGGACACUGCAAAGAGUGCGUCCCCGGCUACGCUAAAGAGAGCGGCCAGUGCACAGACGUGGACGAGUGUGCGCACGCAGGGGGCAUCUGUCCCAGAAGGAAUGAGAACUGCUACAACACGCCCGGGAGCUUCGUCUGUGUGUGUCCCGAGGGCUUCGAGGAGGCCGAGGACGCCUGCGUGCAGACGCGGCCCGCAGGGGACGGGACACAUCCCUGGAUCAGGCCCCAAUGACCUCACCUUAACUUGAUCACCUGCAAAGACCCUGUUUCCAAGAAGCCACAGAAGAAAACCCCGCACCGCCGCCCUCCCGCGAAGACUUAUGACACGCGCCCUGUGCCGGAAGCCGCGCCUGCACUCCGAGUUAUCAGACCAGUGCCCGACGGGCAGCCGCGGCAGCCCUGCGCCCGGGGGACGGUCGGGCGGACUCUGCCUUUGAAGUGGUUGGUGCCCGUCUGGCCCUUUAAAAAGCUGCGUUCCUUGGUGAUUCUUCAAGAGAUUCAUAUAUUUUGAUACUGUUCUUUAUAAUAAAAUUGGCCGUUGCAGGUAGUCAGAA